AUGCCACCCAAAAAGGAAGAGAGAAAACCGCUGGAACCCAUGUUUCCAGAAAUCCCCCUAUUUUAUGAAUAUAUCGAUUAUUCAAAUGAGUAAAUGGAAUAACUGAAUGAAUAUUUGAAUUACUUCAAACCUGAACUCACUGCCAUGAUGAAAAAUAAUAUUUUUGACAAUAUGGAAAUACUAUGUCAAACAAUAGGAAUAUCUCGACAUCCAUCCUUUAUAUUGCCAACUCAAAUGAUAGACCUAAACGACUUUGACGAGAAUACAAAAUUUAGAAACCCUGAAGAGCUAGAUGGAGAUCAAGUGCCUUAAAUGAUUCAAAUAAAUUCUAUAAAAAUAGAUCUAUUUACAUUAAGAUUACUGGAUUAUUGCGCAGGUGUUAGCGGAUUGACAACAAUCAAAAUGUCAAAUAAUGGUUUAACAGCUAGGUAAUACUAACAGAUGGCAGCAAUUAUAAAUAAUCCUGAAAACAAAGUUAAAAAGUUGUUUAUUGAUUGGCAGCAAGUUAACGAAAACUUCUUAUAAUAAGUGCAACAGAUCGAAUUUUUAACAUUAAGAUCUUGUUAACUAACAAAUUAGCAAAUUCAAACAUUAACUUUGAAUGUCCAAAAUUUAAAAUGCUUAGAUUUAUACGAUAAUAAGUUAUCAAAGGAAGCCUUGAAUUUGAUAGGAAAAAUGUUGGGCUAGAAUAGUUUAAUGGAAUAUCUUGGUUUAGCUAAGAAUGGAAUACAAUCCUUUGAUGACUUAUAAGGAAUUACUUAAAGUAUAGGGAGAUUUCAAAUGAGUCAAGAGGAGUAUGAUGAGUAUAAGACAAAAGAAAAAGAAAGAGAUGCUAUAAUUGAAAGAAAUAAGAAAGUAAAGAAAAAAGGAACUGAAGAACCUGUGCCUUACUUAGAACCAAUUCAGUAAAUAGACAAUAAUUGGUAUGUGAUCAAGAACUCAAGAUUGUGGUUGAUAAAUCUAUCAAUGAAUUAGAUUGACGAUUCAUCUAGAGAUGCCAUAGAGAAAUUCUUGCUGUAAACUGGAGAAAACUUUUAAUUGAUUAGAAGGCAUUGUAGAAAACAAAAAAGAAGUUUGGAAAGAAAUUAGUAUUAUGAUUUUAUUUAUUUUAACUCAAUGAAAUCAACCAAAGCCAGACAAGUUACAAAUUCAUCUCUAAUUGAAACUACACUGAACAAUUAGAGUAUUUCUUCUCGCAAGGUUGUUAAAUUGCCAUACUUAUACACAAAGCAUAAUCAAGUUCUCUCUACAUCAAGGAAACUCCUAUUAGAAGAGAAUUCUGUGACUAUUCAGUUAAAUACUUAGAAAAGAGAGUUGCUAAAACUCAUUUAUGAUAGAUAGUUAGAUGAAGCUAUAGAUACGACAAGAAAAUUAGUUUAGUAAUGUAUAGCCUAUGAUCUGAAUAUAUUUGGUAAAUCGCUUCAUAUACUGGCAGAUAUGUAUAUAUCCAACAGAGAAUUUGCGAAUGGCUUGUAUAUUUACAACGUACUUAGAGUUUUGGCUGACGUUUAAAACAAUUAAACUCUAAAGAUUGAUGCACUAAUUCAAAUGGGAGAUUUGUGUAAACUAUAAUAAUAGUAUCAACUCAGUAAGAUAUUUCUGAAGAAGGCUCUCUAAUAUGUUUGGUAUUAGAAUGACACGGAAAAUGAAGCAACAAUAUAUGAUUAUUUUGGGGUUCUUUAUUAUGUGUAAGGAGAAUUAAGAUUGGCCAAAGAAUAUCAUGACAGGGCCAUGAAUUUUAUUAAAGAAUCUAAUGAUAGUGCUGCACGUAAACAUGGAAUCGAAUAUGUAAAGAGUUACAUUAAAAGAAUUAAUUACUAAUCUUAAGUCAUGAAUAAUAUGGUAUUGUCUAAACUAGGAUUGAUCUAAGGAAAUGAAACAGAAAUUAAAUUAACUACACUUCUAGAUUUCAAUAUUUUGACAGAAUAAAUUUUAUAGGAUUACGAAUUUCAAGUGGAAAUGUCAACACCUAAUAGGCCACAAAGAUGUAUCACUAAGAAUGGAGUACUACAAAAUGAUGUUGAUAUGUUUGAAAAUGUGAAAGAAUUGCAUGAACGAUAAAAGAAAAGAAAAUUCUUUGAAAAAAAAAUACCAGUAAUGCAUUUAACUAGAUCUGUAUUUAAAUAAACUAUUGAAGAGUAACUUGAAUAGCGAAUGAAAACAAAUAAAUAAAAAAAUUCUGUUGAUGAAUUUAAGAAGUAGUUGCAAAAAUUUCAUACUUAUAAAAACUUUCCUGAAAAAUUAGAAAAGGUCAACAUAAAUCAUCUCUCUCCAAAUAGAAAUCUUAUAGGUUUCAAAUAUAGUUUUAAACCUAUGAGACAUUAAUUGCUAGAUUUAUUUGGUGAGAUUGAGUAAUAUAUGUAUUUACAUUCAUCUUGAUUUUUAUACAUUAUCA